AUGUCCGUCACAUUGCACACGACUCUGGGCGACAUCAAGAUCGAGGUGUGCUGUGAUACGGCACCUCGUACAGCCGAGAACUUCCUGGCACUUUGUGCUAGCGGCGCCUACGAUGGCACUAAAUUCCAUCGCAACAUGAAGGGGUUCAUGGUGCAAGGAGGAGACCCGACGGGCACGGGCAAAGGCGGUCAGAGCAUUUGGGGCGGAACAAUUGACGAUGAGUUCCACCCGCAGAACAGACACAACUGCCGGGGCAUCGUGUCGAUGGCCAACAGCGGCCCCAACACCAACAAGCAGCAGUUCUUCGUCACGUACGCCAAGCAGCCGCACCUGAACAACGUCUACACGGUCUUUGGCAAGGUCAUCGACGGCAUGGACACGCUCGACGCCAUGGAGAAGACGCCUGUGGACGCCAAGAACCGACCGCUCAAGGAGAUCGUGAUCAAGUCCGUCACCAUCCACGCCAACCCCAUCGCCGAUAUGUGA